GCGGCAGGUUGACAACUUUGAACGUCGGCAAUGUGUUUUUCGGUGCACGUGUAUUUUGAUAUUACGUUUUGGAAUACUUUAAUUGUUGAAUUAUUGAGUUGGAAUUUUACAAAUUGCUUGGAAAAUGUUUCCAAAUUGUUAACAGAAAUAGGUUAUCGCCCGAAUAGAAUAUUUUUCUGUAAUUAGUGCAAUGGGGAAGAAAAAGGGAAAUUCAAGUAAGUCAUCGCCAGCAGGGAAGAAGGCAAAAUUUGUGACGACCAAGGGUCUAGAAGAAACGAUCGACGUUCAGAAUCAGAUAUCAUCGCUCUGUUUGGAUCAGACGAUGGAUUCCUGCAGGGAAGAAAUGAUAAUGGAUGAGAUUAAACUGCUGAGAAAACAAUUACUUGAAAGUCCAGGACGUGCACUGGAUAUAGUUUCAAACUGUACGAGAAAUCCUGCUCUGCUGACCGCGGCCCUGGAUGGAUUGAUUGACUAUGAAGACUGCAUAGCUGUGAUAAUUAUUUUGGGAAAGUUGAUUCUGUCUUAUCCAUCAGCUUCGAGAUUUGCAGAAGCAUAUCUGACUCGUCAUGGAUCCCCCUUUAAAUUGAUGAGUGUCUAUCCGUCCACGGACGGUGAGGACGAGCCAAGCAGCAAAAAGUUGAAGACGACGUCACUAGUGGUCAUUCAACAAAAGGGGGGAUCACAGGCCGCUAUUUCUCAGGAAAUCAUUUUAGAGCUGUUUAGUGGACUACUAGUCGUUCUGAGGAGGCUUCCUCGUCACGUGUAUUCGUAUUCAUGGGACAUUAAAAAUAUUCUCCAAUUCAAUUCACCCGAUUUCAGCCAAGAGAUUCGAUGGCAUGCCUACCAGUGCACUUCACUUUUGCUCCACCUUUCCGAAGUUGAAAUGAAGCAGUAUUCCAAAAAUUGGAGCAUUUCGAACAGCCAAGAUCAGUCAUUCACGAUGCAAAGGAAAAUUCAGUACCUGCAAGAUAGCUUCAAAAUUACGUUGUCCGAAACUCAGUAUCCUCAAGGGAUUCAAGUAUUGGACGAAAACAUGAUAUCGUUUGAAGGGCUCGUCAUAAAGCAGAAAAAUCACACGGACGAAUUUUGUUGUAAUGAAACGGUCAUGUUCCCCUCCUUCAUGAAACGAGUUAAAGACAUCCUUAUUCAUGUGAUGAACAAUUCCCCAGUGUGUGUAAUUGGUCCCAUUGGAUCAGGAAAGUCGACCACAAUUCGACAAGUCUUUUCAAUGUGUGGACGACGAGAUUAUCCAGAUUUGAUCAGCGUGCAAAUGAAUGACCAAAUGGACUCGAGAGUUAUUUUGGGUUCUUAUCAUUCAACCGAUUUACCAGGACAAUUUGUCUGGAAGCCUGGUUGCCUUACAAAAGCAGUGCUCAACGGUCAUUGGAUAAUUUUUGAAGAUAUUGACGCUGCACCUGCAGACGUCUUGACUCUCUUGGAAGGAUUUAUGGAUACGCGGACAUUAUCUGUGGCAGGAUAUGGUGAAAUUGACUAUAUUCAUCCUGAAUUUAGAAUAUUUGCUACGUGUAGAAGUCUGGGAUCGAGUCAAGAGAUACGCUAUGGACGAAUUGGGAAGUUAUGGAAGAAAGUGGUAGUCAGUAAUUACGAUGUGGAAGAUUUGAAGUUAAUUGUGCCAACCAGAUUUCCCCACUUGCGUCCCAUUGUUGAUGUGUUGGUGAAUAUUUUCACUGCGUUAAGUAGUUUAAGCGGAGGAAAGUCUGUAGGGAAUGCUCGAGUAUUAUCAGUCAGGGACUUUUUGAAAUUCUGUCAAAGAAUCUCUUCCAACAUGGAUUUCACUUGCGCUUCGACUUCCGUUUCAAUUUUCCAGGAUGGCUUGGACCUCUUUGUUUUGUCAUUAAGUAGUACUGAUGAGAAAGAUGCCAAAGCCGAGACGAUUGGAACACAUUUAAAUCUACUGAAAUCAAAGGCAGAAUAUUUUUUGACGAUGUACACUCCAAGCAUCGCUCUUUGUACAAGAUCAAACUCGUUUGUUUGUGGCAGAUUUAGUCUUUCAGUUGAUAAGCCUCUGUUCGCCAAUUUCAAAAGAGAUUCGAGUGAAGUCUACUCCUUGACUAGAAGAACAUGCAACACUCUGGAAGUAAUUGCCGGAUUUAUCAAGAAUAAAGAACCUGUUCUACUUGUUGGCGAAACGGGAGUAGGAAAGACCUCCUGUGUUCAACAUCUUGCAAAAGUUCUGAACCGGAAGUUGGUAGUUGUGAACUUGAAUCGACAAAGCGAUUCGGUAGACUUGCUCGGGGGGUACAAACCCGUCGAACUGAAGUACAUUUUCCUACCACUUCGAGAAGAUUUCGAAUCUUUGUUUGUCGAAACAUUUAAUCGUGAAUCAAACGCAAAAUACUUGAAUCAUAUAAUGACUUGUUACGGUAAUAAGCGGUGGAAAGACCUCAUUAAAUUGAUGACUCACGUCGAGAAAUCUGCAUUUGCCAAAUCUCAAAACAAGGACUUGCUAGAAAGGUGGACAACCUUGUACCAGAAAAUUUAUCGGGUGGAGAAACAAUUGUUCGGAGGUGAAGAAAGUCCUUUUGCAUUUUCAUUUAUAGAUGGGACGCUGAUUAAAGCCAUUAAAAAUGGCUACUGGAUUCUUCUGGACGAAAUAAAUUUAGCUACGUCUGAAAUGCUACAGUGUUUGGCCGGCGUUCUUGAUGAACAUGCUCAAAUUCAUUUGUGGGAGAAAGGGGAUGAUAAACCAAUUAAACGAAAUGAAAACUUUCACUUAUUUGCUGCUAUGAAUCCUUCGACUGAUGUUGGAAAGAAAGAUUUACCUAUUGGAAUAAGAAAUAGGUUCUCCGAGUUGUAUGUUGGAGAAUUAACUGACGCCGACGAACUUCGUGUUCUUGUGUCGGAUUAUCUAAAGGAAAUGUGUCUAGCAAGUGGUCAAAUUAGCAAUAUUGUUCAAUUCUACAUCAAAAUACGACGACUGGCUCAGACUACAUUGGUAGACGGCUUAGGAAAGCGACCCCAUUAUAGUUUACGAACAUUGUGCCGAGCCUUAAAGAUUGCGUCGUUGAAUUUGUUUGGAAGUAUUCUUCGAUCUCUGUAUGAAUCCUUCUGUUUAAGCUUCCUAACUCAAUUAGACUUUGAUUCGCAUCCUGUUGUGGAACAACUUGUCGCCGAGCACAUUUAUGGGAAGACUAAUGUUAAAUCUAUCGUCAAUCAACCAAUCAGUUGUCCAACCGCAAACCCCAACUGUACAAAGAUGGAGGGAUACUGGAUUCCUUGUGGGGACCUUGAAAAGAAAGUUCCUGAGAAAUAUAUUCUUACUUCAAGUAUUCGACGAAAUUUAAAAGAUAUUUCCAGAAUUGUAUCUGCUGGAAAACUUCCCAUUCUAAUUCAAGGAGCUACAUCCGUUGGAAAAACUAGUUUAAUUCAAUAUCUAGCAGAAUGUUCUGGAAAUAGAUGUUAUCGCAUCAAUAACCAUCAACAUACGGAUUUACAAGAAUAUAUUGGGUCAUACCAAUCAGAUAGUAAUGGAAAAUUAGUAUUUGCUGAAGGCGUUUUGGUCCAGGCAAUGCGAAAAGGAGAAUGGAUUAUUUUGGACGAGUUGAAUUUGGCCCCAUCCGAAGUUUUAGAAGCUUUAAAUCGUCUUUUGGAUGAUAAUCGACAACUUUUCAUCACAGAGACUGGGAUUACGGUGACAGCUCACCCGAGAUUUAUGUUGUUCGCUACCCAAAAUCCACCAGGCCUUUAUGGUGGCAGAAAGAUACUUUCCAGAGCAUUCAGGAAUCGUUUCGUGGAAUUACAUUUUGACGAGAUCCCAUCACUGGAAUUAGAAAACAUUCUUCAUCUUCGAUGUGCCAUUCCAGUGUCGUAUUGUAAGAAAAUCAUUGGUGUGAUGAAAGACUUGCAGCUGCGCCGAAAAGCAAGUGCUGCAUUGCAAGGAAAGCAUGGAUUUGCAACACUGAGAGACCUUUUCCGAUGGGCUGAACGAUACCGACUUUCUGGAGACCAAACAGCCAAGUUUUAUGAUUGGGAUCAACACUUGGCUGACGAGGGUUAUUUAGUGUUAGCUGGGAAGGAACGUAAAGAAUCAGAGUCUUUGGAGAUUCGAGAAGUUUUAGAAAAAAGAUUUAAGAGACAAGUUGAUCCGAAUAAUUUAUUCACCUUACAUGAUCAAACGAGCAGUGUGACUCGCGAAAUCCUAGAGUUAGUUUUAAACAGCAACCUUCCCGAGUUUAGACACAUCGUAUGGACUUCUCAGAUGAGAAAACUUGCCGUUUUAAUCGGCACAGCUAUGAAAUUCAAAGAACCAAUUUUGCUGGUUGGUGAGACUGGAUGUGGGAAGACCACGGUUGUGCAACUUUUGGCACAAUUGAUGAAUCGACAACUCUAUUGUGUCAAUUGUCAUAUGAACAGCGAAGGAAGUGAUUUUCUGGGUGGACUGAGACCUGUUCGAGAUCACACACAGAAUGAUGGACGACUGUUUGAAUGGGUCGAUGGUCCACUUGUCGAAGCAAUGGAAACGGGAAGUAUAUUUUUGGCUGAUGAAAUUUCCCUUGCUGAUGAUUCUGUGUUGGAACGCCUAAAUUCCGUCCUGGAACCAGAAAGAACAUUACUCAUUGCUGAAAAGGGUGAAGAAAUUCCUAAAUUGAUUGUUGCUGAUUCAAACUUUCACUUUAUUGGAACUAUGAAUCCCGGUGGCGAUUAUGGAAAGAAAGAGCUUUCACCAGCGUUGCGGAAUCGUCUAACCGAGAUCUGGUGUGAUUCGACAACAAAUGAAAUUGACCUGGUUGCUAUUGUCGAACAUAAUUUGGUACAACAUGUUAGGGAGAAUGGCGUUGGACAAAUUUUAGUUAGUUUUGUGAAUUGGCUCCAAAAUAAUGACCUUGGACAAAAGUGCAUCGUUAGUGUUAGAGAUUAUCUGUCCUGGGUGCAUUUUAUUAACUGCAUGAUAAGCCCUCCAAUGGUGAUGGCCUUAAAAGAUGCAAUAAUUCAUGGAGCUUGUAUGACUGUCUUGGAUGGAUUGGGCACUGGAAACACAGGAGGAGAAACUACGUAUGCCCAAGCACUUCGACAUAAUGCCCUGAAUUUCAUUGAGACGCUGUUUACGACAUCAUCGUCUUUACCGGAUUCUGAAACUCAUAAAAAACUGGAGGCUUCAAUAAUAAAAGUUGAUGAAAAUAGCGUCAGUUGUGGACCAUUUAGCCUCAAAAUUAACCCUUUCGUUCUAAAUACUGCGGACACGACUGUUCGAUUUUCAAUGAAUUCACCAACCACAUCCAUUAAUGCUAUGAGGGUUUUACGGGCGAUGCAAUUGAGGAAACCUAUUCUAUUGGAGGGAUCUCCCGGAGUAGGAAAAACUGCAUUAGUGUCUGCACUGGCUAAAAUGGCCGGAUAUCCCUUAACAAGAAUUAAUUUAUCAGAGCAGACCGACAUAUCAGAUUUAUUUGGAGCUGACCUCCCAGUUGAAGGCAAAGAUGGUGGCAACUUUGAGUGGAGGGAUGGUCCUUUACUCCAAGCUUUGAAAACACGCUCUUGGAUCCUCCUUGACGAAUUGAACCUUGCCAGCCAGUCGGUGCUUGAAGGUUUAAAUGCAUGUCUUGAUCACCGAGGCAGCGUCUACAUUCCAGAACUCAACAGAACGUUUCAAAUUUCUACCACGGAUGGUAAUGGUUCUAGCGAUGGAUCAAGAAUAUUAGGAUGUCAAAAUCCAGUAAGACAAGGAGGUGCAAGAAAAGGACUUCCCAAGUCGUUCCUGAACAGAUUUAUUCAAGUCUAUGUGGAUGUUCUAUCCGUCGAAGAUUUUAAUUUUGUUCUACAAAAGUUUAUGCCCACUUUGCCUGCACCAACGAUACAAUUAAUGGCAACCUUUGCCUCCCGAUUGCAACAAGUUGUAUGUCAAGAGGGACGAUUUGGGGUAAAAGGUGGACCCUGGGAUAUCAAUUUACGCGAUCUUAUGCGAUGGGCCGAACUUACCGUGAACAAUGUGGUGAACGAACCUUUUAAUUUUUUGGAAGAAUUCUCCCCACAAAGUUACGUCGAUAUUAUAUACGGGCUACGAAUGCGAACGGGCAGCGAUAGACGAAAAGUGCAUCAACUCUUCUGUGACACUGUGCAGGAAUUAUUUCCAGGGACAGAAAUAGACGUGGACACUGUAUUACGAGGCGUAUCGCGUGAUGUCACCUUACUUGACAACGAAAUAAUUUGUGGGCUUUCUCGUCUGCCUAGAGUCGGCGGUAUUGAGUUUAGCAAUGACAAGUUAUUAGUGCUCCAAAAAGAUGUGGCACAAUUGGACGCGAUCAUGACGUGCUUGAGCAUGGGAUGGAUGCCAGUGUUAACAGGUCCAGCGGGCUGCGGAAAGACGUCUCUUGUCAGAUUGAUGGCAGAAUUAUGUGGGAGAAAAUUGGAGGUGAUGCAUCCCAGUCCUGAAAUGGAUACGAUCGAGCUUCUUGGAGGAUUUGAACAGGCCGACAUUUAUCGCCGAGUUUACGACGUUACGAAACACUUGGUGAAGAUAUUACAGCAAUUCGUGAAACAAUUGGUCUUAUCCGACCGAAUUGAUGACGAACUCAUUGACGUCUGGUCAUCCCUGAAGAAUUUACCCAAUUUAAGCCCAGAAGAAGGAUUGGCUCACGAUGUCGAUGAAGAAGUGAAGAGGAUCCAAACCCGAGCCGACUUUCUCCAGACGGCAUACUUAAAAUGCAAAUCAUUCGCAGAGUCAGAGUCUCGUAAUCUCUCCAUGUCCUCAUAUGAAAAUAAAGGAAAUUCUUUCUCCGCUACUACCUUUUCUGCCGAAAUGGGAUCAGGAAUCCAAAAACCGAGGGAACAGGAACAGAUCCAGCAGAAGGUCUCAAAGGGAUUGAAAAUUUUGGGAUCGGAAUUGGAGCAAAUUUACACCCAUUUGAAGGCAGGAAUUCAAACGGGAUCUUUCCAAUGGAUCGACAGCAAGCUGAUUAAGUCCAUGGAGAACGGGGAAUGGCUUCUAAUUGAUGGAGCGAACCGUUGCUCUGCUGCCGUUCUUGAUCGUCUCAAUUCCCUACUGGAGCCGAAUGGGUCUAUCUUGCUAUCUGAACGAGGCAGCAUUGAUGGGAAUAUUUUGGAAAUUAAGCCAGAUCCCGAAUUUCGCCUUAUCUUGACUGUGGAUCCUGCCUACGGAGAGAUAUCCAGGGCCAUGAGAAACCGAGGUGUGGAAAUUUAUAUGGGGGCUGUACAUGAUGAGACUUUUUCUUCUUCUCAUGUUGCAACUUCUUCUCCUCCUCCUGGAUGUGAGACAAAUGAUUCCGAAGGUGAAGCUGCUACUGUUGGAAAGAUUCUGUCCGUCUCCAUCUCCAAAAGUCCUAUUUCACCGUUUGGGAUCACCUUUUUCGAUCUGGAUAAUCUGUUAAGAGCAGAAGGGUUAAAGGAUUGUGGGAUUCGUAAGGCGUUGAUCAAUUUACAUACGGAGCUGACAGACUCUACAAGUUUGGCUACAGACUCGACGGAAUUGUCUGUUUUCCGAAUUGUAUCAAGCACAAAGGAAAUUGUAGUACAACUUCAGCAAGGAAUCAGUUUGCCGGAGGCUUGUCAGAGAUCAUUGAGUAAUUGGUAUAUGUCCGGAAAUUUCGACACCUCGGCUGCUUCUGGAUUGAAGAUGCGGGAUGCUUUCAAAACAAUGAUUCAGACAAUAAACUCUAGUUCGUCUUCGUCUUCUACGGUGUCCUUGCUUCCUGUGGCGUUGCAAAACUUUGUUAGCUGUGACCUGUACCGUUCAUGGAAACAUUUGGAGACUUUGGAAUGGGGCUUGGGUCAGCUAAGUUUUAUGGUGGACAAUCAAUGCGGAAGGAAAUUCACGAAAGACCUCGUGGAGGAUUUCUUGAUUUUGUCGGUAGUCUCCCGGGUCAUAAGACAACAAGACGUUCGGGUAUUAUCUAUUGCACUAGGAUUGCAAUAUCCGUUGAAAGCGAGUUUUGUGAACAAGUUGGCAACUAUUUUGGAGUCUGAAGAGUUUGAAAGUUUCAUCGAUUGGGAAAAGCAUUUUUGGGAUAUUCAAGAGCAAACGGAUAUAAUUGUAAAGUUUUCUUCUCAAGUAAAUGAAAUCAGCAAGAUUCGUCAUUUGUUCAAGACAUUGAAAAUUUCACUAAGAAUGUACCAUCAAUGCGGAAUCUUUCAUCAGAGCUCUAUUCAAAACCCAAGGAAGGGAAGUUUGGGAUUCGUACUUAAAAACCUAAAGUUUUCAGAUGCUGGAUCGUUAUUUGAGUUUCUACAAGCUUUUUGGGCUCUAGCUUCCCACUAUCACCCUACGUAUGAAACUUGUCUUUCUUCUUCUACUGCUACUUCUUCUGCUGGAAAACCCUGCUGGGACACCAAAUCUCUUACCAGUAGUGGUAGUUUUGAUGACGAGAAUGCAUCCGGCUUUCAUCAUCACCAUUUUGCACAAAUGUGGCUGGACGGUCUCAAGGCAUCACUCUGGGGAAAGCGACUUGCUGACAUUUGCUCUGAGACUUGCUCUGCCGGUCUACCUGAUGAAAAACUGAUGGCGAACAUGAAUCUAAUCGUCCAAUGGAUUUCUGAACAAGUUGUCCCAACUCUUGGAAACCUGAAGGCCAUGCUUGCUCAACGUGAAAUACAAACAUUGGUGGAUAAUUGCUUUCAAACUUUGAGUCAUUGCCGAGAUGGAGUUUUACUAAGAAGAAACAAGACGUUCAGAGACAUGUGUACAUCGCGGCACUUGACUGGUUCCUUUAACUCGGAAAGUACAAACAUUUUCAUGCAAAUCCUCAGCGCAGCGUGGUCCUGCGAAGACUACAUUUCAAAACAGAAUCUACGCAGGUUCUUUGCGUCUGAACAAUGCUCACACAUGCAUCACAUUUUACUUGAUUUCUCAACGUUUGUUUUAAAAAAUCAGACAUCACCAAAUGUAAAUCUUGAAUCUUUGCUGCAAGUCCAACAAGAAAUUCAGAAACUCCACAAAUCUGCUGACGAAAAUAUCGACUCGACAUUGUUAAAUAUUCAAGCUUUACAAGAAUACCAGCACAUACAAAGGCAAUCCUGUGAUGGCUUAUCUUCAUUCUCAGCUUUUAUCAAUCCAUUCCUUCUUGCAUGUUUGAAUGAACAUGUGGUUGGAAAUUCAAUCGUGCCAUUUAUACAAUGGGAAGAUAUGGAGAGAUUUCGUCACCUUUAUACCAACUUUCCAGUAGCCAACAUUGAGAGCGCUUUAUUGCUGCCGGUUUACGCAUCCCGAAUUUUGGUCGAUGAAGAAAAAAUGACGUAUAGGAUAUCACCUCUCGAAAGUAAUGGCUUAUUUCGCAACAAUCAAGAAAAGCUCUUGUCAAUAUUAUCAACUGAACUUUUAACCCCUCAAAAACGUAAUGCAUCCUUUGCCAUGAAAAAAUUGGUUCGAAAUUUCGUAAUCGUCUUGAACGGUUGGAAAUCUAUAUUUGCUGACAACUGCUCUUCGUCGAUCACCCAGUUUCAAACCUGGAUAAAUUCUUUGGAAAACUUGACUUAUCUUUUACAAGAAGAUAGAAAUGAUAAGAAGAUGCAGGCAUCAGUUAUUGUAAGAAUUGGUCUCAUCAUGGCUGAGUCAGCCUCAUAUAUGAUGGACGUGUCUAGUUAUCUACCAGCCGUUGAUCCCGUGGUUGAAAAAGAAGUCCUUGCUUCAUAUCUUGAAGAUCAGAUAUCGGUUUACAACGCGUGGAUUCAAAGUAAACGCUUACACCAACUAGUCUUAAACGGGAGAGAUCUGUUCAACGAAAGUUGUGACUCGACCUUAAUUCAUCCCUAUAUAAAUCUUGUGGUCGAAAAUAUUGUCACUGACACGGCAAAUAUGAAUGAUGCCAAAGCCGGGCUUGUUCCUCGUCCUAGUCCACCACUUUACACUUCGAUUAUGCAAGAAAUACGGCAGUUUGUUGAUAGUUUUGGUUCAUAUGCCAAAGCGAAAGAGUUCUCAACCAUGAUAGAACAAUUACUCAGUCAACCCCUCUCUCACGACACGAUGUCUUCAGUUGUCAUCCAGUGCGAAAAUUGGUUUUUGUGCCAUCGUAAUUUUGUCCAUAAACUUUCAAAGCAGUUUUUGUACUGGGAUAUUACGGCACCAUUUUUGAGCGCAUCAAUUCAGGCAUGUACCGGAUAUCAACUGGUUUGUGACAACAUUAAGAAAUACUGCUCUCCUAAUUUGAGAACGUCGUUAGCAAAAAUUGUGACCUUCCCACUUCCAUUUGAUGAGCCAAGGGUAUCAAUCGGAGGAAUUUAUGAAGCUAAAUUCGCAUUUCAAAAAGCUAACAAAAAUAUGUUUCUAUCAUCUCUCGUUUCAUUUGGCAACAAACUGAAAGUACAACAACGUCUCACAAAGGGUGACGUUUGUCAACUUCAAAAAUACUGCACCGAAAUUUCAGAAUGGUGGAGAAAUCAAGAAGCUGAGAAGCAACGCAAAAAAGAAGAGGAGGAUGCUUUCUUCGUAUUCAAGGGGAAGGAGAGAGCAAUGGAGAAAACAGACGACGAACAAGAAGAGUAUGACCUGACUACCACAUUUCCCUCGUUUGAAUUGGACUACAAAGACCUACGCGAGGUUCACGCUCUGGAAGAUGGAUUCCACACCUACAAUCCAGCUACAGAGCAAAAUCCUAUCGAGUGUGGAGAAUUGUCGCUUGAAGAUGUAGAGUCAUUCUUUGAAGUACUCAAUUAUGCUGCUUCACUAGUCGCAAAUAGGUGGUUGUCAAAAUCGGCAUCAAACUCGACAAUCAGUUACAUUUCGCCAUUCAUGCAAAGAUUCGAAAUUGGAUGUUAUGCAUUUUCUGAUGGAAACUCGGUCAACAAUCUUGGAUAUCAAGAUGAAGCAGAAUUCAUUGUUGGAGCAACGGUGGCAAACCGACAGCUUUGCAGAGAUAGUCAGAACUCAAAAUGGGAUCCAACCACGUAUAAUUUCUACUAUGAUCCAAAUAUUUUGGAAGCUCAGAAAUUACAGAGCAUAUUUUUUGGACUAAAUAAGAGGAUAAGCGAGUUGUUACUUGAAUGGCCAGACCAUCCAGCACUUCAGCAGAUUAUGAAAAUAAUUGGUAGAAUCGAGUCAUUUUCGAUUGAUAGUCCAAUCAUGAAAUUUUUGACUGGGUUGGAGCUUCUGUUAGCCACUUGCCAAGAAUGGGAAGGAGUUGCCUCAAAACGAGUGUCCAUUGCAGCUCAUCUCGAAGAAUUGACAAGUUUGAUAAUUUCAUGGAGAAAAAUGGAAUUGCGAUUCUGGAAAAACUUGCUGGAGCACACACUAAAACGACAAAAGUCAACUGCCAAGACGUGGUGGUUCCACCUAUUUUCUGUCGUAAUGGAAAUCAUUGCAAAUAAGGAUGGGACUAUUGAAACCGAGGAAAAUUUGCUCCAGUUGCUUCACAAGUUUAUGGAAUCGGCAUCAAUUGGAGAAUUUGGUACUCGUCUUGAAUUGUUGGAAAAUCUGCAUCGAUAUCUCGUCCUGCUUGAGACACACAAGAUGGUGAAACUUCAUAAAUCGAUUCAACCUUUCAUUUGGAACACCAUUCGUUACUACACCAUGUUCAAGGAACAAGUGGAAAUCAAAUUGAAUUCGCUAAAAGUUCCCAUUGAAAAGAAAUUAAAGGAAUUCAUGAAGAUUUCUCGUUGGAAUGAUUCCAACUUUUAUGCCCUGCUUGAUUCCGUCAAGAAAAGUCAGAAAACUCUUAACAAAUUGGUCGUGGAGUAUAAAAGGGCUCUACAAAUGCCAGUGUCCAGCACUCUUGUUGCAGAUAUUGAAAAUUUAGAUGGAAAAAAGUUAAAAUACAAGCUCAGCAAAAUAGAGCCUGCUCUCUACUCUGUUCCCGAACAUAUCAUUACCGAAUUUACACCAACCGAGAAGCAACUUUGCAAUUUCAGCAGCAGUCCAGCUGGAAGAAAGCUUUUCAAGAAAUAUUCCAAGCUCUGUACAAAAGUUAGAAGCAUUGUAACCACUGUAUUAAAUCGAGACGGGUCACUUUGUGAAAUGGAACCACAAGAACUUAACGAGUUGACAGAUACGAUUAUCCAAAAAGUUCAUGAACUACAAAGUCAAUACAUUCCUGACUCUGGUCCUCAACGAAAACGAGCCCUCCACAACGUGCACCACCUGCGUAGAAAACACUUGGCUGAACUCUUCAAAACUUUGCAACCCUUGGGGCUAUCAUUCAAGAAAGGCGUAAUCAAAAUCCAGAAUCUUCCAGUCGAUACAAAAGUUCCAUUCGACUUUUUAACCGAACCUGUCGAUCUCUCUGCUGGAUGGGGUCAUUUUUCUACCACUACUACCAAGAAAUCUACUGCUGAUACUCACUUAAUCAAAGCGUGGGAUAGUUGUGAUAAUUACUUUCAAAAAUCCAUUGCCCGGAUUUCUGCAAUGAUGAAAGCCUUUCAAAGUCCCAGUAAAGAACUAGGAAUCAUGAUUGCUGAACGCUGCAAGGGAUUUGUUGUAGAAUUAUUCCAGAUGACCUGUGAGCAAAAAAUUGCAAUCGAAAAGUUUACCUCUGCAUUUUGGAACUUGAAAGUUUUGGCUGAAUAUGACUGUAUUCAAAAUACAACGAUAUCAAUCGAGGCGUGGAAGAAUCAGUUCUAUUCUAACAUUUGCAAUCUAGAACAUCAAACUUCACAGUAUCGGAUUCUGUUUGAAUCGAUGGUCGAUUUUCCUCUUGAUAAGCAACAACAACUUAUUGCUGCUACUGACGUUGUCCUUUCAACGCUUAAUGCAAUAAAGAAGGAAUUAUUCUUGAUUUUGGGCCGAUACUUGACGAUGCCACUAAAAAUUUAUACCAGAAUUAGUACCGAUAGCUUGGUUCGACUGGAUCAGUUCACUAACGAGAUAUGCAGCAAAUUUUCAGAGAUGAUGACCCUAAUUCCUGAUGAAUCCAUCCUUGCAACAAAGAUAAAAUGUGGUCAUGAACUUUCUGUCGAAUGUCAAAAAGAUUUGACCACUUUUAUGCAAAGUGAAAAUCAGGAACCGGAUAAUUCUUCUGGAAACAGCACUGCGAAAUUCAGAUCUGCAGCUAAGAAAACAUUAGAGACUGUGUUGCUCGCGUUUCAAAAUCUGGACAAGUUUGACGAGUCGCCAUACUCUACAGAGUCCACUAACGUUCAUGACAACAUUUCUUCCACUAUUGUCAAACUUAUGGAUGCUCAAAGUGUUUGUGAACAUUUUUCGAAAAUGCAAGCUGUCAUAUCCAAGCGACUUUUAAAAGAAGACUGUUCUGGCAUGAUUGAAAUCUAUGAUGCUUUAAAGCCUUUAGUGAAACAAUACGUUUUAACUGCUCAGUUUUACAUAAAGUAUUUUUUGGAACAUCACCGCGAGACUUGCAAACUCCUGUAUGUUCUUGCAGGGCUUUUCGGCACACUUGCACAAAAGGGGUUUUGUCUUCCGUCCGACUAUAAAGAAGAAGCUGCUGAAGAAGGCGCCGAACUUGAUGCAAAAUCGGGAAUGGGCCUUGGCGAAGGAGAGACGACAUCAGACGCAAAAGAUGUCUCCGAUCGGAUCGAAUCAGAAGAUCAGUUGGAGGAUACCAUGAAGGCUGGAGAGACCGUGGAUCCUGCCAAUAAAGAUUUGGACGAUGAUGAAAAGGGGCUCGAAAUGAACGAAGAUUUUGAAGGAAAGCAACAAGAUAAGCAGGAAAGGUCCAAAGAUAAAGAUGAGGAUGGAGAUGAAGAUAGUGACAGUGACAAAGAGGAAGAUUUGGACAAGCAAAUGGGUGACGUUGAUGGAGACGAUGAGGACAUUCUUGACGAUAAGAUGUGGGGUGGAUCUAGUGACGAGGAAGAUGAAAAUGAGGAUAACAAAGAAAGCAACGAAGGGAAAGGAGCCUCCCAAAACGAAGAACCGGAAUUGGCACCGAAGGACUCUGAAAUAGAGAAGUCACAAGAACCCAAACCCAAUGAUAACAACCAAAAGGAACAAACGAAAGAGUUCAAUGAGAUGGAUGACGAAGGCGAACCAAAUGAUGACCAGAUAGACCCGUAUCAUGGUCAAAAUGGUCCCGAAGAGGAACCUGAACCCAUGGAUCUCCCAGAUGAUCUCAAAUUAGAUGGAGAAGAUGACAAGGAGGGACAAGAAGAAGAAACUAAUCCUUUCGAUUUGGACAAAGAUGAUAAGGAGGAUUUCAACGAUGCCGAAAUGAAGGAUGACGAAACUCCAAAAAUUGAAGGCGACGAUGAAAUAUCAGACAAGGGGGAAGAUGACGAUGAUGGUAUGGAUAUUGACAACCCCCAACUUGACCAAACCCAGGAGGAUGAGGAAAAUAGGAACGUUGACGAUCAAGCCAAAAAUAUUGAUGAAAUUAUUGAUGAGCAAAACGAUAACCUUGAAGAGGAGAAUAAAAACCAAGAACCCGAAGAAGAAAUGGAUGGCAUGGAACAAGACAAUGAGCAAAAAACUGAAGACAAUGCUGAGCCGUCUGUCCAAGAUGAUAAUAAACAAUCAAAUAGUAACACUUCCAAAAAAGAAUUGGGUGCUCAUGAAAAGCAAGAAACUGUUAUGAAAUCAGUCGACGAAGAACAAAGUGGAGACACUUCAGAAAAAUCCAGUGGUCAAGUAAACAGUGAGGAUGGUGUCGGACAAGAAGGGCAGUCUGUUAAUAAAGAAAAUACGGAAACCAUGAAGGGUGAUGAAAACAAGGAUGCUUCUCGAAAACCUGGCGAAACGGAUGAAGACCGAUCAAUUUCUUCCGAGCUUACGAAAUCGCGACUAAAAACUGUAAAAGAGAAAAAUGAGUCAAUGAAGGAUGACGAUGCAAGUUGUGAAAAUGACGACAAGGCAGACAAAACUGCAGAUUUAUAUCAACAUAUCAAAGAGUCUGAAAAACAUGACGCAUUGACAAUAGACAACGCCACAUCUGAGCAAAUGAAUGAACAUCGAAAUCAAGAGAAGGAUAAAGAAUCUGAAGAAUUGCCAAAAAUGGAACAAGAUGAGGACGAUGAAAACAAAGAUACAAGCGAUAUUGAAGACAUUCGGGAUGCAACACUUGACAAUAAUCCACCCGACUUGAUAAAAGGUUUGCCGAAAGAAAAAAAGAAACAGAAGAAGCGAGAAGAGUUGGACCAAGAGGAAGUUGAAGACGUAUUGGAAACCCCUGGACAGAGGGUACUAACACAUGGAGCACAGCGUCCCUCAGAGUCAACUUAUCACACACAACUUAAUUUGCUAGGAGACAAGGCGGAAUCUUCCCAGUUAGGACUUAUUUCCGACAUCGUGCCACAAAGCAACAAAUCUUUUGAAGAAAUCACAUUCAUGAACGAGUGGCAUGAAUUGGAAAGAAAAACUAUUCCUCUAUCUCAAGAAUUGUGUGAGCAAUUAAGACUGAUUUUGGAACCGACACAAGCUUCCAAAUUGAAAGGAGAUUACAAGACUGGAAAGAGGUUAAAUAUGCGGAAGGUCAUCCCGUACAUCGCUAGUGGGUUUCGAAAGGAUAAAAUCUGGCUUCGCAGGACACAGCCAUCUAAACGUGAAUAUCAAAUUUUGUUGGCACUAGACGAUUCUGCUUCAAUGUGUGAUAAUCAAUCCAAACAGAUGGCAUUUUCCGCCGUUGCCGUCGUCGCGAAAGCAUUAUCCUUGCUAGAAGUUGGCCAGCUUGCUGUUGCCAGUUUUGGAGAAGACGUCCAACUACUCCACCCAUUUGAUGAUCCCUUCACUGACUUUAGUGGUGCUCGUCUCAUGCAAAAAUUCACAUUUGCUCAGCGAAAAACUCGCAUUGUUCAACUCAUGCAGACAACGACUGCAUUGUUCAAUCAUUCAAAGCAGUCCAUGGGAAAUUCAACUGCUCCCGUUGAGACUGCCCAGUUACUUUUAAUUGUCUCGGAUGGCCGAGCCGUUUGCCAUGAAGGGAACGAAGUGGUCAAAAAUGCCGUGAAGAGAGCCAUGGAACAUAACGUAUUUACAGUUUUCAUAAUAGUAGAUAAUCCCGAAAAUCAGCAUUCCAUUAUAGAUAUUCAAAAGCCAAUAUUCACAGAAGGAAAGCCGGUUCAAUUUAUUAAAUAUAUGGAUGAUUUUCCUUUUCCGUUUUAUCUUAUUUUACGAGAUUUAUCUGCGCUUCCUUCCGUGCUAUCGGAUGCAUUACGUCAGUGGUUUGAAUUAGUGACUUCUAGCAGUCGAUAAUUUAGUAGGUUAAUUUAGAAUUUAUUCGAAUAAACAAAGAUUUUACUGAAUUUGUAAUAACGUUCAUAAUAUUGACAAUAAAAAAUGUUUCUCUGAAUUUUCAUGGA